GAGAUUUUGACGUUUACGGCUUGCCAUAUUUAUUGACGGCUUGCCAUAUCCACCACACAGAAGUUAGACAGAAGUAUUCGCCUGACAUUUCCGGGUCCUAUGACUUAUCAUGUGGUUUGUGUGUGGCGGUGGACGGAGGAGGAGGAUUAGAAAGUAGUGGAAGUAAGGUGGGUGUGGGGGGAGAGAAACAAAAACUCUUUACUUCCCUCGGCUCUCAGGCGACCUGACCCUUCCUCGCAGUCGUCCUUCGCUCCUGACAGCAACACAUACAUGAGCUAAAAGCAGAAGCGGGCCCACGAUCUGUAGAAAAGCCGUCAGUUCCAUCCAGCAUGGCCGGAGGCUCGGUGUCUGAAUGCAAGGAGUAUCUGUUCAAGGUUCUGGUGAUCGGGGAACUGGGGGUCGGUAAAACCAGCAUCAUCAAACGCUACGUGCACCAGCUUUUCUCGCAGCACUACAGAGCCACGAUCGGGGUCGACUUUGCUCUCAAAGUGAUCAACUGGGACAGCAAGACUCUGGUACGGCUACAGCUGUGGGACAUCGCAGGUCAAGAGAGAUUUGGAAACAUGACGCGAGUGUACUAUAAGGAGGCUGUUGGGGCAUUUGUCGUGUUCGACGUGACGAGAGGUGCAACGUUUGACGCCGUGUCCAAGUGGAAGCAUGACCUGGACAGUAAGGUGAAGCUGGCCAAUGGAAACCCCAUCCCUGCGGUGCUGCUCGCCAAUAAGUGUGACCAGAAGAAGGAGAGUCCCAACAGCACACCCCUUAUGGACAAAUUCUGCAAAGACACUGGCUUCCUUGGUUGGUUUGAAACCUCGGCUAAGGACAACAUCAACGUGGAAGAAGCAGCACGUUUCCUGGUAGAGCACAUCUUGGCUAACGACAAAGGUUUGCCUCACGAGGAGAGCAACGGAGACCGGAUCAAACUGGACCAGGAGACUUUUGCUGCUGAGAGCAGGUCAGGCUGUUGCUAACGCUCCAUUCGCUCCGUUUAGUUAUCCGCCUUCCAUUGGCAUUCUUCAGUGAGUUUACUCAGCCUGUAGCUCUAGGUCUCUGUUGUACCCUCAAGGAGGAAGAUGGACUUCAAUACACCGGCAACUCCUUUUGACACCCAGCAUCAUUUGAUCUGCACAUCCAAGUUCUGUCUGUUUUUUUUACUUUGAUAUUGCUUCAGUUUUGAUGUUUUAAUGCAUUCUUGAACAUCUUUUAGUCUUUGUUUCAUCAUAAACUCUUGCAUUGUGCAUAUAGCUCUUCCUCUUCCUUGGGUCCUACACAAUUCCACACCUUAAGGGUCACACAUUAAGCAUUUUGGUCGUCACUUUACUGUACAUUCUCUCAAUACACUCCUGUGUGUGUGUGUAUAUAUAUGUAAUUUUGACAUCCAUCUGUUCUCUGACAAACUAAAUAUGUUUUUGAGUGUUUUAAGUAUUUCCAUUGAUACAAUGAAUAAUGUUUUGCAGCACAAUUGACAUGUUUUGUCUCUAAGCAUUCUUGUAUUCUUGAAAAAAAUCUGGCUUCUCUGUCAAAUCUAUCAAGAUGUCAUCCUAUUUGCCACAGUUUAUUGUGAUUUCGAAUUUUGUUUCUCAACUUUAACAAAAUAGUCAAGUCAGAUACACAUUUUACUACGUGCUACGUUAGACAUUCACAAAGGUUUUAUCUCGGGACUGAUUAAUAACAUGUUUGGUACGCAUUCAAUGUGGAUUUCUGUCCUAAAUAAUUUAUCCAAUGCUGUGUAAAAGUAAGAUGGAUCCCUUUUUGUACAAUGGAUUCAUAUUCUGUUAAAUUUAAAGAAUGUUUUAAAAUUGUUUCUUCGAUAUCUUAAUAAAAUAAACAUUUUAACAUGA